AGCGAGCUGCUGAACCGAGCGCGGGGCCGGGCGGCCGGAGGAGCCGGAGCUGGGGGAGCCCAGCUGGCCGCGGCCGCCGAGCAGCCAUGGCGGAGGCCGCGCCGCAGCACCUGGCGCUGCCCUCGGGGCUGCUGGAGCUCUGCGCGCUGCUGGGGGCCCCCCGGGACAGCCUUCGCGGCCCCGAGCAGGUUGCUCAGAAAAGGGGAGUCCAAAAUCUUCCUUCUCUGGAUCCGGAGGUUCUGUCCGUUUUUGUGCCUCCCUUCGUCAGUAAGGACAGCCAGGCAGCUGGUGCGAACUGCGUGACUCUGAACAAAACCAAGAGGCGUUCCUUCAGGAAGAAGAGAGAGAAGCCCAAAGCAGAGGCCGGGAAGGGCCUCCUGGAGGGCCCUGGAGGGCCCGACUCCGAAGAUGUUAGGAUCCCCAACGGCGUGGACCUGUUCGCCCUGCCUCAGCUGUGCUUCCCAGGAGGCAUGUGUGUGGCCUCUGAAGCCAUGGAGGACUGUGUCCACUUCCUGGUGCUGACUGAUGUCUGCGGGAAUAGAACAUACGGUGUGGUUGCCCAGUUCUACCGGCCGCUACACGACGAGCACUGUUUCUACAAUGGCCAAACCCACUGGGAGGCACCCCGGCCGACCGGGGGUGCCACGGGCUGCUUCGUGCCCUUCGCGGUCUGCGUGGUCUCCAGGUUCCCCUAUUACAACGCACUCAGAGACUGCCUCUCCUGUUUAUUGACUCAUCUGAAGUACUGUAAAGAUUUUGAAGUGGACAAUCAUAUAAAAGAUUUUGCUGCCAAACUCUCUUUAAUCCCUAGCCCGCCGCCUGGGCCACUCCACUUGAUAUUUAACAUGAAACCCCUCCAAGUCGUGUUUCCCUCGCGAGCGGACCCUGAGAGCCCCGUCGUCGACGUGGACCUUCACCUGCCCUUGCUGUGCUUCCGACCUGAGAAGGUGCUGCAGAUCCUGACGUGCCUUCUGACGGAGCAACGCAUUGUGUUUUUCUCCUCCAACUGGGCCCUGUUGACGCUGGUCGCCGAGUGCUUCCUGGCCUACCUGCACCCCCUGCAGUGGCAGCACACGUUCGUGCCCAUCCUGUCGGGGCAGAUGCUGGACUUCGUCAUGGCCCCCACGUCCUUCCUCAUGGGCUGCCACCUCAACCACUUUGAAGAAGUCAGCAAGGAAGCUGAUGGUUUAAUUCUGGUAAAUAUUGACAAUGGGAGCAUCACCUCCUCUAGUGACAACAUGGACGUCCCCGACAUCCCUCUCCUGGCUGCACAGACGUUUAUUCAGAGGGUCCAGGGCCUCCAGCUGCACCACGAGCUGGACCUCGCUCGCCUGGGGGCCAGCACCGACCUGAACGACGGGCGAGCCUGCAGGCGGGCCUGGCAGCAGAGGCUGAACACCCAGAUACAGCACCUCGCCCUGCACCUGCUUGUCAGCAUCUUCAGGGAAGUGAAGAAUCACUUGAAUUAUGAACACAGAGUAUUUAAUAGUGAAGAGUAUCUUAAAACACGAGCUCCAGGGGACCAGCUGUUCUAUAAACAGGUUUUGGAAACCUACAUGUUUCAUUCUUUUCUUAAAGCCCUGCUCAACAGGAAGAUGGACGCCUUUGCUCAGAUGGACCUUAACACGCAGUCGGAAGAGGACAGGACAAAUGGGAUGCUUCUCAGUCCAAGAAGGCCAACCAUUGAGAAGAUGGCCUUACGGAGACGUUCGCCUAAGCACGCCGCGCACCGGCGCAUGGUGGUCAGCAUGCCCAACCUGCAGGACAUAGCCAUUCCCGAGCUGCCGCCCCGAAACGCGUCGCUGCGGAAAACGGACACCGCCGACUAUUGGAGCAGCAGUGAAGUUCUGAAUGUGACCCCUAAAUUGACAUACACGUUCAAGAUACCGGAAAUCCACUUCCCACUGGUGGGCCAGUGUGUCCAGGCCUAUUACAACGACUGUGCCUCCAUGCUGAGCAAAGCCAUGAGCUGCCUGGGCCCCGACAACUCCGUGCUGCUGGCCAGGUACCUCUACCUGCGGGGACUCGUCCAGCUGAUGCAAGGUCAGCUGCUGGGCGCCCUGCUGGACUUCCAGAGCCUGUACAAGACGGACCUCAGGAUCUUUCCUGCCGACCUGGUGAAGAGGAUGGUGGAGUCCAUGUCGGGGCCCGAGCGCGCCCAGGCCGAGCAGAUGCCCAAGCUGAGGAGGCUCAUCAGUGAGGUCCUGGCGCAGCCCGGGGAGGCCCCCAAGGCCGACGACCGCGUGAAGAACUUUGAGCUGCCGAGAAAGCACAUGGAGCUGGACGACUUUGUGCAGAGGGUCCAGGAGUCCGGCAUCGUCAAGGAUGCCGGCAUCAUAAGCCGCUUGUUUGACGCGCUGACUGUAGGGCACCAGAAACAGAUUGACCCAGAAACAUUCAAAGAUUUCUACACCUGCUGGAAGGAGACAGAAGCAGAGGCCCAAGAGGUCAGUCUGCCCGCGUCGGUGCUGGAGCACCUGGAUAAGAACGAGUGUGUUUACAAGCUGUCCAGGCCCGUCAAGACGAGCCAGGGCGUGGGCAAGAUCGCCAUGACCCAGAAGCGCCUGUUCCUCUUGACGGAAGGGAGCCCGGGCUACGUGGAGAUCUCCACCUUCAGGAACAUAGAGGAAAUCAAAAGCACCACAGUAGCGUUCCUGGUUCUCAGAAUACCUACGCUAAAAAUUAAAAUGGCGUCCAAGAAAGAAGUCUUCGAAGCUAACCUUAAAACGGAGUGUGACCUGUGGCACCUGAUGGUGAAGGAAAUGUGGGCUGGGAAGAAGCUGGCCGAGGCCCACAAGGACCCUCAGUACAUCCAGCAGGCGCUGACACACGUCUUGCUGAUGGACGCCGUCGUGGGCACCCUGCAGUCACCCAGUGCCAUUUACGCUGCUUCCAAAUUGUCGUAUUUUGACAAGAUGAAGAGCGAAAUGCCCAUGGCUGUUCCCAAGACAACGGCAGAAACACUGAAGCACAAAAUCAACCCUUCGGCGGGAGAGACCUUCCCACAAGCCAUCGACGUCUUACUGUACACGCCAGGGCAUCUUGACCCAGCAGAAAAAGUGGGAGACGCUCACCCCAAGUUAUGGUGCGCCCUCAGCGAAGGCAAAGUGAUCGUGUUUGAUGCCUCGUCCUGGACCACCCACCAGCACUGCUUCCGAGUGGGCACGUCCAAACUGAACUGCAUGGCGAUGGUGGAGCAGAACCAGGUGUGGGUCGGCUCGGAGGACUCCAUCAUCUAUAUCAUCAACAUCCACAGCAUGUCCUGCAACAAGCAGCUCACCGACCACCGCGCCAGCGUCACAGGUCUGGUGGUUCAGGACGGCCCGGCGGCGCCCAGCCAGGUGUACUCGUGCAGCAUGGACGGGACUGUCCUGGUGUGGAACGUGAGCUCGCUGCUGGUGACCAGCAGGUUCCAGCUGCCGAGCGGAGGGCUUUCGUCCAUCAGACUACACGGUGGCCGCCUGUGGUGCUGUACAGGUAACAGUAUCACAGUUGUGACAGUGAAUGGCUCUCUCCGUCAAGAACUGAAGAUUGAAGAGAGCUUCCAGGAGAAAAACACCUCCUUCCUCGGGUUCCAGCUCGUCCCCGAGCAGGAGCAGCUCUGGGCGGCGUGCGCGGGAUAUGAUGACAUUUACAUCUGGGGCCUCAAGGACCUGGCCCAGCCCCCUCAGAGGAUUCACCUGCAGGACUGCGCCAAGGUCAACUGCAUGCUCAGGGUGAAGAGGCAGAUCUGGGUGGGCGUCACAGGGCUGUCGCAGGGAAAGUCCAAAGGGAAAAUCUAUGUGAUCGAUGCCGAGAAGAAGACGGUGGAGAAGGAGCUGGUGGCCCACACCGACACCGUGAAGACCUUGUGCUCGGCCGAGGACAGAUAUGUGCUGAGUGGGUCAGGCAGCGAGGAAGGAAAGAUUGCCAUCUGGAAAGUGGAGUAAACCCAGGUAAACGUGCCGGUCAGAGCCGGCUCUGUGAGCGAGGACCCCGUGCCUUUCGCCAGCUUCCCAGGGCUGUCCCAGAGAAGGCGGGGUCCGGAGCCAGGCUGCGGGGUGGGGGUGGGGGUGUCCACGGCAGGGGCCUGCUGGGCUCUCCGGCCUGUUCUGAGACCCAUGAGCGCACUCUCUCGAACUUUCCUGAUUAAACGGCACCAACAGCGAGCGUGUCGGGUUGGGGUCCUUCUCAGACAGGCAACCGGAUCGACUGUGUGAUAGAUACCCUCUGCUGAGACGUUACCCCGUAAGUUAGCUAGAAAGUUCCAGAAUCCACAACCAGGGGCCAGCACUGGAGCCAACAGGAAGCAAUUUAGCCAAAUCACCCGGGACCUGCAGACUCCACAUCUCUGGUUUUGCCUUUCCUCUGCUUCAUUCAUUCCACAAACACUUGCUAACCACCAGCAUACGGGAGCCCUGCAGCCUCACACGGACUCUGUCCCCAGCAAAGCUCAUGAGAAGGGGUCCCUGGAAAUGACCACUUUGUGCCCGCCUUGCUGUCCCCCAUCAGAGGUGACAGAAGCCUGCCCAGGGAGGGGAAAUGCUGUGAUAAGGCUGCCAGGCAGGGGUUGGGGAUGAUGAGGUCAGCUCUGUAAUAUAUAUUUUUUUCUUUUUAACUAAAGCAAAAUUUGUACAAUGAAAUCCAGAGAGAUUUUUCCACCAAAGAUCACAGAUGAAAAGCUGCUUCUAAAACAGGAUGUAUAAUCUGGUUCCCCAGUAAAGUUGCUGCCAUUGUAACCCCCUUUACUGGACACUGGUAUACAUUUCAUUCCGUCGGCGUCUGGUGUGAACGCCGUAUAUGUGUAUGGAGAUGGUGCUUUAUUAUUUAACUAAAGAUGAUCUUAUUCGCUAUAAGUAACUAAAUAUUUGUAAAAAAGACCCAUGCACUUUUACUACAGUAUUGGGGUUUCUUCCCUAAAUGCCCAUCAGGGCAGUUCUAGUGUGGCUACUGGACACGGAGGGGGCACCUGCCUGCCAGCACCACGUGCAGGAGCCCGUGGCCUGUCCCCUGGGCCCCAUGAGCUCCGUCUCAGGCUGGACCCUUGGCCCUGGGUUUUCGGGACUUGCAGAGGUCUCUGAGGGUGCACAUCAGGCCCCCGGAACAGCGCCACGAGUCAGAAGUCUCCAGAGUGAGCUCUGGCUGGGCCUCUGGCUUGGUACACGGGACCCACGCCCCUACCAAGGUCCAGACCACUGACUGACACUUGGGGGCGUCUGGGAACGUGGUGCCGAGAACAGCCAGCCGGGCGGCCCAUGCCCGGGGUCUGCUUACCGAGAGGGUGUGUCCCCGCCUUGUGAAGGACGGCUCAGCCAGCAGCAACGGGCAGGAGGCUGAAUUCUGCUUCUGUAAACACGUGAACAAGUCCAGUAAAAUCCUGUCAGAAAUAAAUGAUCUAACGCCACAUGUAAACCAGGUAUUGUCACCUUGUGGGUAAUAAACUCAUUCACUAAACACUGAA